GAUAGAGAAGGGAAGAGAGAGAGAGCGAAAGAGAGAGAUAGAGAGAGCAGGGAGGAAGGCGGGCAAGGGCGAAGGAUUUGAUUUUUUUUUUUUCUCUCCUCAAAUUUUUUUCCUGCUGUUAAAUCGCCAUUAGAUGCUAGUUGGUGGCGAUGGUGUCGGACCAGGACAUAGCGAGCUGCGUGCAGUCUCUCCUCCGGCAGGCCGGCCCCAACGCCGUUGCCUCGGUUAAUGGCGUCGUCCGGGAGCUGGAGGCCAAACUCGGCAUCGACCUCUCCCACAAGGCCGGCUUCAUCCGCGACCAGAUCGACCUCCUCCUCGGCCCCUCAAAGGACCAUUUUGCCCUCCAACGCCGCCCCCAAUUCCACCCCCAACCCGAAGCCCUCCACCACUACCACCCUCAAUUCCAGCCCCUUCCCCCGGCCUCCUCUUCCCCCUUCACCCACCUCCCCCAUCACCACGAGCUCUCCUUCCGCUACCCCCCGCCGCCUCUCCCGGACUCCGCCACCGCCGCGGCGGCGCUGGCCCAGCAGCAGCUCCGGCAGCAGAAGCAUCAGCAGCUCCAGCAGCACCAUUCUCCACCGCUGCCGAUGCCGGCCGCCGCUCAGUCAGCCGCGCCUGCCCAGAAAGAAAGUGCUCCUGCUGGAGUUAAGCGGAGAGGUGGACCAGGGGGUUUAAGUAAAGUUUGCGGCGUUUCACCGCAACUGCAGGCCAUUGUUGGUGAGCCAACCAUGGCGAGGACUCAGAUUGUGAAGCAGCUGUGGGCAUACAUUCGUAAGAAUAAUCUCCAAGAUCCUAAUAACAAGAGGAAGAUCAUAUGCAAUGAUGAACUGCGUUUGGUUUUUGAGACUGAUUGUACUGACAUGUUCAAGAUGAAUAAGCUGUUAGCUAAGCAUAUAAUACCACUUGAAUCUACAAGAGAUCCAGGUCCAGACUCAAAAAAGUUAAAGGCCCCAGCUACAGAAGUGGUUUCUGCAACAGAACCUGAUGUUGAUCAAUAUCCUCUUGUUAUAUCUGAUGCACUGGCCAAUUUUUUUGGAACUGGAGAAAGGGAGAUGCUUCAAUCAGAGGCUUUGAGACGUAUUUGGGAUUACAUAAAACAUAACCAGUUGGAGGACCCUGCGAACACAAUGGUGAUUUUGUGUGACACUAAACUUCAACAACUUUUUGGAUGUGAAAGCCUUUCUGCCUUGGGGAUAUCAGAUAUGUUGUCACGCCAUUUGUUCAAGCAAUCCUAACACAGAUGGCAUUAACUGGUGGCAAGUACAGUGACAUCUAGGUGAUCUAACAAUAUAACAGAUACUGAUGAAAAAAGAUCAUUUUGUCGAAUGCGUUCUGAUUGGUUGUAUUUUAUUAUGUUUAACAAACUUUUUUGUUGAUGGGCAAGAUGUAGUUUACUCUUGUGUAAUGGUAAAAAAAAUGAUGAUAGUUGAUGUCAUAAUAUCCAAUUCUAGUGUUCUUGAAGAAUGUCA